AUGAGUGAAGCAGUUGAGGGAAAGAUAGCUAGUCCUUCGAAAAUUGAUAAUGAAUUUGAUCUAAAGACAUUAUUUGUUAGAUCAAUUCCUCUUCAAACGACAGAUGACGAAUUCACUGAUUUUUUCUCUAAUUUUGCCCCAUUAAAGCAUGCUGUUAUCGUUAAGGAUACUAACAAAAAAUCUAGAGGUUUCGGUUUUGUAAGUUUUGCAUCUGAAGAAGAUAGUCAGGAAGCAUUGACUAAAGCAAGAACAAGUAAAAUUCAAAAUCAUUUACUUCGUGUUGAUUUUGCAAAGAGAAGAGAUCGUUCUAAAACCCGUACUGAAGGUUCUGAACAAACCAAGGAAAUUGUGAAAAAAACCUUCAAAAAGUCUGCUACGGAGAGAGAUGACGGGAAAGAUGAAGAUAAAGACUUUGACGAAGAAUCUUCUUUAAAAGGUAAACCAAAAUUGAUUAUUAGAAAUAUGCCAUGGAGUUGUAGAGAUUCGGCAAAAUUAAAGAAUAUCUUUAGUAGAUACGGUACCGUGGAUGAAGCAACUAUUCCAAGAAAAAGAGAUGGUAAGCUAUGUGGUUUCGCAUUUGUUACUUUUAAAAAUUUAGCUAACUGUAAAGUAGCAUUAGAAAAAUCAAAAGGUCUUAAGAUCGAUGGCAGAGCAGUCGCUGUUGAUUUUGCGGUGCAAAAGAAUAGAUGGGAGAAUAUUCAAAAGCAACAAGAUACUCAACAAGAAGAAACCAAUGGCCCAGAUAGUGAUAGCAGUUCUGAUUCUGAAGAAGACGAUGAUGAUGAUGAUAAUGAUAAAGAAGGAGAAGAUAAGUAUGAAGAUAUGGAAUUAGAUUCUGAUGAGGAAGUAUAUGGUGAAUCUGACGAAGAGGAAGAAGAGAAACCAAGAAGACAACAAAAUAGACAAGAAGAUUAUUCCGUAUUUAUUCGUAAUGUCCCUUAUGAUGCCACUGAAGAAUCAUUGGCAGAACAUUUUACCAAGUUUGGUGAUGUUAAAUAUGCCUUACCAGUCAUUGACAGAAAUACAGGUCUUGCCAAAGGUACUGCGUUUGUCGCAUUUAAAGAUCAAAAAGCAUAUGAAUACUGUAUUGCAAAUGCACCAGCUGCAGGUUCUACUUCCUUAUUGAUUGGUGACGAUGUCUUACCGGAAUAUGUUUAUGAAGGUCGUGUUCUAUCUGUCACUCCAACAGUACAAAGAGAUGUUGCAAACAGAAUGGCCGAAAAGAAUGCUGAAAAGAGAAAAGAACUAUUAGGUAAAGCACCAGGUGAACGUGACAGAAGAAACCUUUAUUUAUUGAAUGAGGGUAGAGUGGCAGAAGGUACUAAGCUAGCUCAAUUGCUAUCCAAAACUGAUAUGGAAAUUAGAGAGAAGUCAUAUUCCUUGAGAGUUGAACAACUGAAAAAGAAUCCAUCUCUACAUAUAUCCAUGACAAGAUUAGCUAUUAGAAAUCUACCAAGAGCUAUGACUGAAAAAUCUCUAAAAUACUUGGCCCGUAGAGCUGUAGUGAAUUUUGCUACAGAAGUGAAUGAAAAUAAAAGACAUCCUUUGAGUAAAGAAGAAAUUGUAAGAUCCACUAAAGAGAAAUAUAAGUUUUUAUCGGAUGAAGAAAUUGAAAGACUAAAGAAGAAAGAUAAAAAGCAAGGUUUAGUCAAGCAAUCUAAGAUUAUUAUGGAAGUUAAAGGUACUACAAUUGGUAGAAGUAGGGGUUACGGUUUUGUUGAAUACAAAGAUCACAAAAGUGCUUUGAUGGGUUUAAGAUGGUUGAAUGUUCAUGCUGUUACUAAAGAAGAAAUAUUGGAUGGUUUAACUGAGGAAGAAAAAAAGGCAAUUGCUCCUGAUAUGUUGAAGUCAAGACGUUUAGUUGUUGAAUUUGCUAUUGAAAAUGCCAACGUUGUUAAGAGAAGAAGAGAGAACAUAAUGAACUCGAAGGAGCAAGCUGUCAAGAGAAAGUUAGCCGAGGAUGCAGCAGAAUCUGCUGAAGAAUCUAAAAAGGCUAAGAUUCAAAGUGAAGAUUCAAAGAAAAACGGCGGUAUGUCUGACAAUGUCAGAAGCAUCAUUGGACAAAAGCGUAAGAGAAGAAGUGCAAAGAAAUAG